UGAAAGCUGCAGCCUCCCUGCAGCCGUCCGGGUGUAAUCUACCAUUAUCCUGCCGUGGAGGUCAGUUGGGUCGCAGCGUGAGACGGGGCAGCAGAGACUGUCUCUCCGGGGACUUUAAAGGGAAUCGCACACAUGUCGUUUUUUUGGUAUGGCACGACUGACAAUCAAAGAGACGGAAGGCUAUGAUGAGCAGCUCCACAGCGAUACUCAGUAUCUGUGCUCUCAUCAGGGGAUGGACACUGAACUGGUCGACAGACUGGUGCUGCAGCUCAACAGGACCUACCCCCAGAUACUCAGUGACAAGGAAGCCUGCAAGUUCAGAAGCCUGAGAAUCCCAACCAAAGCGCGGCUAGUCGAGCUGCUGAAGGACCUGCACGGGAAAGGUGACGACGCAUGCCACGAGUUCUACAGAGCUCUUCACAUCCACGCCGAGGACGUGUACGUCAGCUUGCCCACUAGAAUCAGACAAAGAGAGAUGCCUGACGUGAGAAGUGCUAUGACUGAGACCGUCAUCCCAGAGCGAUACGUGCUCAAUGACAGAGGACCAUUGUUUUUCCUGAGCUGCUUCAGCUUGGCGGUUGGCUUCGCAAUUCUCUAUUAUUAUGGAGAGGGUCGGAGACUCGUGUGCACAGAAGCAUUCCUUCACUGCUCUGCAAUGAGACUUAGUAAAGAUGCCAAGGACGUUUUCAUUUCCUACGUGGAGGUCGGAAAGCGGAGAUGAAUACGUCGAAAUGCUUCAGAAGAACGCGCUGUGCGACUUUACUUUGCCGUGCCAAACCAGUUUUACAUCUCCGUCUCUGAGGAACACUCUUGUGGUGUAUCUGCUUGGGUUUGUUGUUAAAAAGAAACAAAAAAAAAAACCACAACCAGAAAAAAUUGAAAGUCCUCCAGAUAGACCACAUUUUGACUGAAGAGUACAUCUAUCACCAAAAUGGAUGUGGCCUUCAUGAGUCUGAUGGCUCUGCGGUUUUUUGAUAUUGAAAGCAUGUUGGAUAACACAGAUAACAAUGUCUUCAGCUGACUUGUGGCUGUUAUUUCCUCAAAUGCACCGCGAUCAUUUUGGCACAAAGCAAAAGGCCAAGCUUUGAUCAGUUGACGUUUAUUCAAUCUGUCUUUCUCUCAUCUUAUUAUACGUCCGUGUUCUUCCAGUUGCCUAUCUCCAGUAAAGCUUUACUGUUACGGUGCUGCCUUUGUUUUCAUGUACGAAGCUCUUUUGAAAGAGAAAUCUAGCAACUUGUUAGAGAUGCAUCGAUCACCUGGUUAGAUUUGAAAUUGGUGAAUAAAAAGAGAUUUCCAAUCCCUUAUUCAUUAAAAUCAUCAAAACUAA